AUGGAAUAUGUCCAUGGACAAACUCCUGCGGAGUUAUUGCGAGACCGUUCCAAUAAAGCGGAUUGGAUCUAUGACCUAGUGGCAAAAGCAGUUACCCAUCUCAUAGCAAUUCCCGUUCCUGGCGACGCACACCCUGGACCAGCUGGAAGUGGGUACAUUCACCACCGGUUCCUCCGAGACAACGACGCACCGACAGAGUUCUCGCCAUUAGAGGCUCAGAAAGUAGAUUUUUCCAACGAGCAACUGUGCUUUUGUUACUCCGACAUUUGGGAGCAUAAUUUUGUCAUCACCGAGGCUCGUGAGAUAUAUGUGUUAGACUUCGGAGAUGCAACAUUCCUACCAACAAGCUUCAUGAGCCUUGUUCUACAAAAUCCGGGGGAUUUCUCCUUUCAAAGAUAUCAUCCAGGAUUUCUUUCCCAGAGUCGCCGAACCUCAAUGCAAUGCGCCCGGGCCUCUUAUGUUCUUAAGAUUGCUUCUAGUAGCAGGAUUACUUCGAUUUGGGCGAGGGCCAAGGUCGUGAAAGGGAAGCCCGCUAAGGAGGACAUCAUCAAGAAGAUUAAGAAACUCAAUGGCAUGCAGCGAAAUGCGACCGAUCAUAGUAACAUUAUUCCAGUAUCAGCAAAGACAGCUCACAGUCCUUCUCGAUGA